AUUGAUUAGUCAAUUAAAAUCAAAUACACUUGACAACAGUGUUUCAAAGAUGGCGUAAUACUGAGUGUUGUGCUGAUAGUGGUUUCAUUCAGAAAUAAUCCUCCCUUUGGAUGUUUUUUCUUUUUUGGUGAUUUAGUGCAAAAUUACUGAAAUUUUCACCCAAUGGAGGAGGCAAAAACUUGUCCUAUGGCUUUUUUCACGCCAAUAGUGGAAAUUGCAGAAGCGCCCAUAGAAAUCAAAGACGAGGAAAUUGAAAUUAAAUUGGAAGAUGUUUGUGAUACAAUAACCGAUACCAAAAAUGAAGUUAAUAGUGAUAAUAAUAAAAAGAAGCGUGGAAGACCAAAGAAAGUGACCGACGAGCCAAAAAAACUCAAAAGAAAAUACACCAAAAAACCCAAAGAAGAAAUCCAAACCCGAGAAAAACGACCCAGAAAGCAAAAGUCCCCAAAGAAAAACCCCAUUUCAGAUGAAAUAAGCUUCGACGAAGAAGACUUACUUAUAUCACCUGAACACUUGGACAUCAAACAAACCAUCAAAUGCCCAAUAUGCAAAGACAACAAAGAAUUCCAACUAAAAGAAAUCAAAGACCACUACAAGCAAAACCAUCCGGGCAAAAGACUAAGAACUUCACGGUUUUUCGGCGAAAUGCACCAAUGCGACAUUUGCACCAAAGAAUUCAAAUCCCCCGGCAGCCUAAAAGACCACAUUGAAACCCACAACAACUACUACUACUGUGAUAUUUGCAAUCAUUCCACCAAAAAAAUCCUAGAACACAUCGUACACUUACGUGCCCACAGCACCAUAGGCCUAUUUCAAUGCUUAAUGUGCGACUAUACUUCGUUGGAAAUCAACGAAAUAACCCACCAUGUAAACAACCACGAAGACUUACUAAAAUACUGGUGCGACUCUUGCAAAAAAUCCUUCAACAUACUGCAACAUUUCCAAGAGCACGACAAUUACCAUACAGGCCUGAAACCUUUUGAUUGCGAAUAUUGCGGCAAAUGCUUCUUGUACUCGCGAUAUUUGCACGCCCACAAACUAAACAUGCACAAGGAAGAAGUGCAUUGUCCCAGCACUUACUUGUGCGUCAUUUGCAACAAAGUUUAUCAGCACAGGAACAGUUUGAAGUUGCACAUGAAUUCGCACACUGGUAAUUAUGCUGUUUGCGACAUUUGCGGCAAAACCUUAUCAAGCAAAGAGAAGCUAAAGUUUCAUUUGAGGACUCAUACUGGAUAUAAACCUUACAGCUGUCAAUAUUGUGGCAAAUGCUUCACCAAAAAACCCAUACUAGUGGAACACGUGCGAGUGCAUACAGGAGAAAAACCGUACAUAUGCGAUUAUUGCAGCAAAGGGUUUUCGCAAAGAAGCAGUUUGGUUAUACAUAUGCGCGGACAUACAGGUGAAAAGCCCUAUGUUUGUCAGUUUUGCACCAAGGGCUUUGUGGCUAAGGCCAUGCUAAAUAUCCAUUUGAAAACUUGCAAGGGCUUGUUUCAUGUUGCAAAGAUGGAAUUUUGAAUUUGAUGACAUAAACCUCUUUUUUUUUUUCUUUUUUGUGAUAUACAGAAGCAUUUUUUUUUUCAGUCAUGGCUGUACAAAUAUUUACCAUUAGCUAAUUUAGUUCCUAAUAAACAUUAUUAGUUUUUCUUCCCAAAAUGUUGUGCGUCAAAAUGUAGAUUUAUGGAAAUUAAUAUGAAAUAAACUUUAUUGUUUUGAAAA